CACCUCUUAUGGUCUUCUUUUCGUCCCUCGAUUCGUUUUGAACCAAGAUCGCUGGAACGAUGAUCAUCCUAAUACUUCUCCUGUGUCUCUUGGCGAGCCACGCGAUCUCGACCAACUCAUCCUCAUUUGACUCCUUUGCCAAUGCUACCACUUUUCAACACAUUGCCAACAGUGCUCCCCCGACUGACUUCUCCUGGAUCAACAAGUGGGCGGCUGUGGGAGACAGUUAUACUGCUGGGAUUGGUAGUGGCGCUCUGUGGACUGAGCGUGAGGAAGACCGCAAAUGCUCUCGCUAUGACAAGUCAUACCCGGGUUUACUCCAUGAUGUACUAGGACACCAAGUCAAAUUGUUCCAGUACAAGGCUUGCAGUGGAGAUCGAACUGGACAGAUUUUCGAUCAGAUCAAAAACCUCGACAGCAAUCUCGACUUGGUGGUUAUUACAGCUGGAGGGAAUGAUCUGUGCUUAGCUGAUAUCAUCAAAGCUUGCAUCUUCCUUCCUUUCCAGGGCGAAGACAAAUGCCAAGAAGUUCUCGACCUGGCGCAGCACAAUAUUGAAAGGGUCCUGAUGCCCAAUAUUCGCAAGAUCAUCUAUGCCAUGCAGCCCAAACUGAGUUACAAUGGGUUCAUUGUCUGGGUUCUCUAUGGUCAAUUUUUCAACAUUGAGAAUGAAGACUGUGCCACCAAGCAGGACUGGUCUUUCCCUCGACUGGACCCCGUUGCAGGUGGACUCUCACUCACGAUCGACAACCGCAAGAAGUUCAACCAGCUGGUGGUGAACAUCAACCAAGCGAUCCGAGACGUUAUCUACUCGAUUAGUCCACGCCCCUGGUCAAGCCCCUAUAUCAGGACAGCCGACUGGGACGCCUUUAUGCGAGAUGGUCUGCAUGGGCAGUAUUGUGUCCCUGGUUCGACAGGCCAGUAUCCCGAUCCCAGCCAGCCCUAUCUGCACUUCUUUAAGCCGGAUACCACGGUCUCAGGACAUCGAGAUUUGCGCAAGAAAGAUGUCGACGAUCUGAUGCACCUUGCGAAUCACGAUCCGCUUCUCGGAGCCAAAAUCACCAGUGAAAGACAUUACCUCCGCGACGUCCUUCUAGCCACCCCGAACUGUCCUGCAGACAGCGGCUCUAUUGGCCUGGGUCUCCCCGAUCGCUGGGGCAAGUACUUCCACCCCAACGAGCUCGGCCAUAAGACCAUCGCCUCUUUCGUCCUCAGCGAGAUUGUCGCCCAACGCGCCGUGAUCCUCCAAGCCGAAAAUCCACGUUGUCAGGCAAAUGCCGAUCUCUUCCAGUGCUGGCAGCAGCAGGGACGCCAAGACUACGCCUCAGCCGACCUGAUGAAUGAGAACUACAAAAUCUACUGCCGCGAGUAUCGACCACCGACCGGGCAUUAUGAGAAAGAAUACGUUGAUGAGCGUUGGUUCAACUAUCAAACUCCUGACACCCAUUGGUUCCGCCUCACUCUGCGUAACGGCGCCGUCUUCGAUAAGCAACAGUGUCUUGACAGCUUCGAUCGCGUGAUCAAUUCGUGCGACGGCAACGACCCCGAGAAUCCGUUGAACUGGAAGUUUGGCGGCAGAUGGGUGCGCGGUAAUUAUAUCUACGAGGUUGGUGUGUCGAAUUCAUUCAAGCGUCCCUGGCCCGUCAUCAAAGCGGUGGACGGGAGCUGCAGAGGCAAGUAUAAGUUCAUAUUCAGUGACUACACGCUGCGGGGUAAAGGAUGGUCGACUGCGGAUUUCGGGCAAAAAUGUAUCAGACCGAGAAUGGUGGGAUGUCUGGGAAAAGGGAUCUCGGUAUUUGAUUGGAAGUAUCUAAAUGGUGCAGAGGAGCAUGAUGGAAUGGAGUGGGAGCUUUCCGUCAGAGUUCCAAUUGCGACCUCUUCGAGAUGUUUCAAGAAUAAUAGGAUAGCAUUUGAGUGUGGAGGCUUUACGCAUGGCUGCGAAGGAAAUGGCUGA